AUGAAGAAUACAGAGAGUAAAACUAUUUUAAUGUGGUGUACAGAAAUAAUAAGUGAAAUAAGAAAGAGAAAAAAUCAACGUAUGUGCAAAAAAAAAAAAAAAAAAUUUUGUAGCGAAUUAAAUGAAAUAGAGCAGUUGAUAAUAAAACGAAAAAUAAGAAGGAGAUCAACACUCUCUCAGUGUAAAUAUGUUAAAUAUAUUUAUAAAAAUUGUUGUAUAUUGAGUAAAUAUUUUCAUUAUAAAUUAUACUCUACUCAAUUUAAUAAAAAAAAAAUCGUGACUUUAAACAAAAGUCUAUAUUUCGGAAAUACUAACAAUGGUAUUAUUCCAAAUCAGGAAAAGCCAAAUAAACGGAAGAUAUGUAUUGAUACUACUAUGGUAACUAGUGCAGAAAAUAAUAAAACUAAUGGAACAACAAAAUGCAUCAUAUUAAGGCACUCUCACGCGUUUGAGAAUAAACAGAAAAGAGAUUUAAUGAUAACACAGACUAUAAUAUUGACUUUGUUUGAACCAAGCUUAUUGAAAAUUUCGUUAAAGUUUUUUAACUUUUUAAUGAUAUCAAUUAUUAAUCAAAUAUUUCAAGAAAUACUAUUUUUGUCUACGUAUAAUUUCUCUAUUGUAGAACAAAAACAUUCCAAACGUACACAUGAUGUUAGUAAUGACGAACGCUCAGGAAAAUUAAGAAGAGCACAUAACAUAGAAGUUACAGAAGCAGAAAAAAAUGUAGAGAAUUUCAAAAAUUCAUAUAGAAAGAUUCCCCCGGAAUUACCCAUAUUUAACCUUAUUAAAAAAUUCCGUGUAGACAUAGAAAUUUAUUUUUGUAUGAUAUGCAUGAACAGCAUAUUGUUCAGUAAGGAAUUAUUUUAUAAAAACAGCAUAGAUUAUUUUUUCAAAGAUGUGCUUCCUAAUUCAUUACAAUGCUACAAUUAUUUCAAAGGGGUAGUAAUAAAAUAUGUAAAAGAACGAAAUGAUCAUGCUUGUAAAUGGGGUAUAUAUCACAUCUAUUGUAGUAAAAUUUUGCUAAUUUACUAUUAUUUAAGUACAAAUAAUAUACUUGAAAAAAUGUAUUUGAACUUGUUACCAGAAAUUCUAAAUUGUAAGAAGAAAAAAAACCCAUUUUUUGAGUCUUUAAUUUAUUUAAUUUAUUUAAAUUAUUAUGGAAUUAACAGGAAUGUUAGUGUUAGAAGAAGAAGCAUUAGCUUUGAACACAACAGAUUGUGCUAUAUGUUGGAGGAAAAUGGUAGAAACAAAAAGAACUACCAAAAAUGUGCUUACAAAGUGAAGAAUGAGAAUAAAAAUAACUCAGCCAUCCGCUCAGAUGAAAAAAAGUGUUCAACUUUUUAUAAAUGUUCCAUAAAUAGGAAGAUGAAGCAAAGAAGUACUUACAAUAUAUAUGACACACUAUUAAGGUAUAAUUACAACGUGCAAGAUUUGAAUUAUUUGUACAUAGAAAAAUUUCAUAAUAAUAUAGAAGAGAAUAAUAUUAUUAAAUUUUAUGUGCAUGCUGAAUCAGUAUUAUACCCAAUAUUUCGUUUAAAAUCAAGAAAAAAUAUAAACUCGUUAAAAACUGGAAGCAACUUUAUUAUAACAGAAAGACUAAAAAGGUUAAUUAAAGAGUUAAUAAUAAAUGUUUAUAAUAAAAAGCCAACAAUUUUAAUAGGAAAUCAAGGUUCAGGUAAAACGUCUUUAAUAAAAUAUAUAUUUGAGAAAUUAUAUCAAAAUGAAGAUCAAAAGGAAGAAAAUAUUAUAAGCUUAUAUUUAGAUGAUGUAUCGGAUUCUAAAUCUAUUUUAGGAUUAUGGGAAAGUAAUGAAAAAUGUUUUGAAUUUAAAUACGGUAUAUUAGCAAAGGCUAUGAAAAGUGGUAAUUGGGUAGUUUUUGAAAAUAUUAAUAAUAUCUCUAAUAGCGUGAUAGAAAAGCUGCAUGAGUUAACUAGUAAGGGACACAUAUACCUAUCAGAAAAGGGGGAAUACAUAUAUCCUCACAAAAAUUUUAGGUUAUUUUCAACGAUAACUGUUAACAGUGAUAAUUAUAAUAACAGUGAGAGCAUUUCAAAUGAGGAAAACACUGUGGAUGAAGGUAACACAGAAAUGGAUGAGGUAAACGGUACAAGGGAAGGAAGCCACAUUAGUAGUGGUAGUAGCAGUGGCAGCAGUUGUGAUGAGAAAUGGGCAAGGAGCAACCACCUAAAUUAUAGUAAUAGAGACAUAGGCGAAGUGAUAAGAAUGAACUACAGACCUAAUAAUCUGACAAAUUUGUUCAACAAAUGGCACAGUGUAUAUAUUGGAAAUUAUAGUCGACGAGAAAUAAAAGAAAUAUUAUUUAAAAAGCUUAAAAGUAGUGUUCAUGAUAACUACAAAAAUGUGCUAUUAAAAUGUUACAGCAUAAUGAAAACGUCAUUGCAGAAAUAUCAUAUAUUAAGAAAUAUUAACCUACAUGAUUUAAUAAAAAUUGUUAAGAGAAUAAAUAAGAAAAAAAUUUUUAUGUAUGAAAGUGAAAAAAUGAAGAUAUUCCUAUUUCAAAUAUGUAAAUCUAUAUUAAUAUCACACAUACCAAAUAUUCAUUUGAGGUCUAUUUUUUUUACUAAAUUAGUUAAUAUAUUUGAAUUAAAUGAAAAAGAUGUAAUGACAAAUAUAAAGUCUUAUUCACUUGAUAGAUAUAUUGAUGAAUUUAAUGAAUCAUUAGAAAAUAAUUAUCCAAAAGUUGUUUUUAAUUAUGAAAAAAUAAGCAAUUAUUCCUUCAUAUUGACAUCUGUUCAUAAAUCUAUAUUAUACGAAAUAAUUGAAGGAGUGUAUAACAAGGAAAGUAUAUUAUUAAUUGGUGAUACAGGAGUUGGAAAAACGGCUUUAGUAGAUUACAUUUCAAAAAUUUUUGAAACGAAAUUACAUGUUUUUGUUUUUAGUGAACAGUCAGAGGCUUCAGACCUUAUCGGUAAUUAUUACCCCUUCAAUAUAAGUGUUAAAACUAAUGAACUCUUUGAAGAGUUCAAAAAGUUAAAUCAUAAAAUAAGUUGUUACAUACAUGAAAAGGAGUUAGAUGUUUUUUAUAUAAAAUUAAGUAUUAUAUUAAGUGAGAAAAAAUUUUUGACCUUUUUAAAUACCUGCUACAAUUAUGUAAAAUGUGUUAUAACAAAUUUUAAAAAUAACACCAAAUUAUUUGAUAUGAAAAUAAUAAAAAAAUGCAAAACCUUUCAGAGAAACUGUAAAAACAUUAUUAAUUUUUGGUGUACCAAUAACUGUAAUUUGAAUAAAGGGAGAAUGAACAAAAUAAAAAACCACUAUGCUUUAAAUUACAAUUUUGAAAAAUUUUUUAAAAAGUGUGAAAACCAUGUUGAAGGAGAAAAAAUUUGUUAUAAGGAUAACGAUGAAGCGUGCAAUUUAGAUGAUAAAGCUGAAAGAGAGAAGGGAAAGAACAAUAAAGAUCCUGUAACGUGUAUAGUGGAGGAAGAAGAAUGUAGCCAAAAUGCGAACGAAUUAAUAUUUAAAUUUCAUGAUGGUAUUUUAAUUGACUGCAUUAAAAAUGGCCACUGGAUUUUACUUGAUGAAAUAAAUUUAGCACAAACAGAAAUAUUACAGAGACUACAGGGCUUAAUGGACCUGUCGAAUAAACAUUUCGAAGUUGUAGAAAAGGGAAAUGAGCAGAUCAAAAUUCACAAAAAUUUCCGAUUAUUUGCUUGCAUGAAUCCACCUAUCAUUCCUAGUAUGAAAAAAAAAAAAACAGAAAAAAAUAUGGCUGAGUCAGGGAAUGCAAAUAGAGAUAGAGGUAUCAGUGGCAGAGGUAUCCACGACAAGGGAAGUAACAGUUAUAACAAUGAUUCUUCUAUAGAUGCAGAUAUGAUAGAUAACGUUAACAUUGACUUAUAUAAUAGUACCAUUUCAUCAGGAAAAAGGGAAUUACCCCCAAUUAUUAGAAACAAAUUUACGGAAAUAUUUGUUGAUGAAAUUUUAGAGUAUGAAGAUAUCGAAAUGAUUGUUAAACAUCUUUUAAAAGAAAUUACAUGCGAUACUGUUCUGAUAAAAAAUAUUACGAAUUGUUAUUUAGAAAUUAAAAAAGAAAGUCUAAAAAAUAUGAAUAGCCAAGACAAUAAACCCAUAUCUUUUUCUACGAGAAAUUUAGUGAGAGCAAUUAACUAUGCCGUUCACGUGCAUAAGAGAAAAUUUAAGCCUUUAUCACUUUAUGUAGCUGUUUAUCAUGGAUUUAUCUGCAAUUUUUUAAGCUGUGUCAAUUUAUAUAACCAGAAAAUUAUAGAAAAUAUAUUCAACAAAUAUUUUAAGUAUCCUAAACAGAAUAAAGCUCAAAAUUGCAAUAAUGAUGUUAUGCAUAUUGAGAAAAAUGGAAUUAUAAAUUAUACCAUUUUAGAGAAUUACUACCUGUACAAAUGGUAUAAUAAAAAGAAGGGAAUAGAAGAAAGCAGUGCCAGUACGCAUAGCGCAAGCACAACGAUAUGUUCUAAUAGCAGAUCUAGUAACAGUAGCAAUAAUAAAGGUAAUAAUAAUAAUAAUAGUAACAAGAAUAAAGGUAAUAAUAACAGUAAUAGUACCAAAUAUAAAAGCAAUUGUAAUAGUAAUAAUAGCAGUAAUGUGGUAAUUAGGAAUACUAAUGAAAUGGAAAAAUAUGCUUGCAUAGAAAAUAGCUGGAUAUUAUGUGGAAAUGAAGAAGUAGAUUUAAAAAGCAUUUUAUCAAAUUUUAUAAUAACAAAAAAUGUGAAGGAAAAUAUAAAAAAAUUAGCGUUAUGUUUAAGUGGAAUAAAAACACCAAUAUUGCUAGAAGGAAAUACAUCAGUUGGAAAAACAUCUUUGGUAAAAUUUUUUGCAGAUAUAACAGGACAUAAAUUUAUUAGAAUUAAUAACCAUAUGAACACAGAUAUAAAUGAAUAUUAUGGUCAAUUUGUUAAUGACAAAAAUAAUGGAAACUUAAUUUUUGAAGAAGGAAUAUUUGUAAAAGCAGUAAGGAAUGGUUAUUGGGUAGUUUUAGAUGAAUUAAAUUUAGCACCUUCAGAAGUAUUAGAAUCAUUAAAUAGAAUUCUAGAUGAUAAUAAAGAAAUAUAUAUUCCUGAAUUAAAAUGCUACGUUAAAGCGCACAAAGAUUUCAUGCUAUUUGCAACUCAAAAUCCAGCUAAUAGUAAUAAGUAUAUUGGUAGGAAAGAGUUAUCCAAAGCGUUUAGAAGUAGAUUUAUUGAAUUUUAUAUAAAUGAUUUUGAAGUUGAAGAAUUAGAAAUAAUUUUACAUAGAAGAUGUGCUAUAUCUCCUAAUAUUUCAAAAAAAAUGAUACAAGUAUUUACCGAACUAAGAAAUGUGAAAUCUAAUUAUAACUAUUUUAAUGAUAAUCUUAUGACAUUAAGAGAUUUAAUUAAAUGGGGGAAUAGAUACCCGAAUACUAACACAGAAGCGUGUUUACAUGGCUAUUACAUCAUUGCAGAAAAAUUAAGAAAUGAGAAAGAUAAACAAACUGUUAAGGAUAUUUUAAGUAAAAAUUUUUUAAAAAAGGAAGAAGAACUGAUAGUAAAUUAUGAAAACGACCAAGACGUUAAAAAUUUGAAGGAUAUUUUUUUUAAAAAAAUUUCUUCCAUAAAUAAUCUGCAAAAUGUGCAAAGCAAAUCAUUGAGUGAGGAUAACAGGAUGGCCCGAGGGACGCACUCCUCCCUGGGGUUAAGAAGCGGGGACCAGGGAAAAAAUGAUGAUCAGGAAGAAGAAAAUGAUGAGAGUAGCAUAUGUGAAAAGCCCUACAAAUAUGAUGAGUACCUCAAAUGUGAUAACUUGAAACGGUUUGAAUACCUAAAGAACAUCCAUUUCGGAAAAAACAUGAGCAGGAUAAUUUGCUUGCUACUAAAAUGUUUCAAGAACAAGGAGUCGGCAUUACUAAUAGGAGAAACUGGAUGUGGAAAAACGACAUGUUGCGAAUUAUUAAGUUUUGUAAAGAAUAUAAAAUUAAAUGUUUUAAAUUGCAAUGAAAGUACAGAUGUGUAUGAUAUUAUUGGUAGUUUAAAAUUAGUACAAAAUAAAAAAGAAGAUUAUGAAAAAUUAAAAAAAAAUUGUAUUGAAUUAUAUAAUGAAAUUACCCAAAAUUAUCAAGACCAAUUUGCUUCAAUGUUUUUAAGUGGUAUCAUACAUGAAAAAAUUACAGAUAUAAAAAAGGAGGAUUUUUUAAUAUUUAAUCUUUAUUUACAAAAAAGGUAUAAUUUAAAUGAAAAUAUUAAGAGAAAAUUGAUAAAAAUGGAAAGGUCUAUAAACAAUUUAAAAUCGGUUUUCACAUGGUUUGAUGGUAUUUUGGUAUCUUCUUUAAAAAAGGGUGAUAUAUUUUUAAUGGAUGAAAUAUCAUUAGUUGAAUCUUCUGUGCUUGAAAGAUUUAAUUCUGUAUUAGAAUAUGAUAGGACUUUGUUACUAACAGAAAAAGGAGGAAAGAAUAUUAAAAAUUUAAAAGCACACGAUAAUUUUUCAUUUAUAGGUACUAUGAAUCCUUGUGGUGAUUUUGGAAAAAAGGAGAUUUCUCAAACUUUGAAAAAUAGAUUUACUGAAAUUUUUGUUGAAACGUGUUCAUACAAAUCGGAAGAUUUUUACUUCUUAAUUAUGAAACAGUUGAAUUUUACAGAAAAAAAAAAGAAAAUAUAUAUUAAGCAACAUAUUGCUAGGUGUCUCUGUAGUUUAUUUCAGCAAAUAACUGAAAACAGAGCCUUGUCAUUAUCAUCAUUGUCAUCCUCCUCCUCAUCAUUACGUUUCACUCUUUCCAAUAGAGACGCAAUUAAGUGGACGACCUUUAUGAAUAUAUAUAUAAAUAAUAAAAAACAAUUAUAUAUUAAAAAGAAAAAGGAUAAAACGAUAGAAAUUUCAACAAAUAAAUUAAAAGCCUACUGCAUACGAAGUUACUAUCACAGUGGCUGUCUAAUACUAAUUGAUGGAAAUGAAGAUAUGAAAUCAAAACAAAUUUUACAAAACAUUUUGAUGAAAAAUUUAGAAGAUUUAUGUACGUCCUUUAAAUACAAAUUGCAUGGAAAAAAAAAAAAAAAAAAAUGUAUGAACUUUUUUAGGGAAACGUAUAAUUUUAUAUUUAAAAAAAAAUACUUAAGAAUUAACGAUUUGCGCGUCAUAUUUAAGAAAAGACUACGUUACGAUUUAAAUGAACUUUCACAAAGUUCCAAUUUUGUUUUCAAAACUCCAAAUAUUAAAAAAAAUUUGUUUAAAAUUAUUAGAGCAAUGCAGUUAAAUAAUUCAAUUUUGCUUGAAGGCUCUCCAGGUGUUGGAAAGACAUGUAUAAUAAACAUACUGGCCAAGUUAACAAACAACAAAUUAAUUCGUAUAAACUUGUCUGAGUGCACAGACAUUUACGACUUCAUAGGGUCGUAUUUUCCUAUAAAGGAGAAGAGCAGCAAGCAGUUAAGAUGCGGGGUCCAGGGUGAAGAAGUAGAGGAAGAGCAGUAUGAUAAAGCACAGACAGAGCAGCGUGAAAAAGCAAAAACUGCAGUGGAGAAAAAGGCCAAGUUUGCUUAUUUUUGGAAGGACGGGAAAUUAAUUGAAUGUAUGAAGAAAGGAUAUUGGAUACUCAUAGACGAAAUAAAUCUAGCGAAUCAGCAAACGUUAGAAGGUAUCAAUUCUAUAUUAGAUCAUAGGAAAGAAAUAUUUAUACCUGAAACGAAUGAAAUUGUUAAGUGCCACGAAAAUUUUCGAUUGUUCUGUUGUCAAAAUCCUUACAAAGAAGGAGGAGGAAGAAAAGGUUUGCCAAAAUCCUUUUUAAAUAGAUUUUCAAAAAUCUAUUUUGAAGAGUUAAAUGAAGAAGAUUAUUUGUGCAUUGUUCAAAGUCUAUAUGGUAAUUUUAUUUCUUCGGAUAUAAUAAAAAAAAUUGUAAAAAUAAUUUUUGUAAUAAAAAAAAUCAAUGUGCUAUUAAAUGAAAGUGAAUGUUGGGUUUGGAAUUUAAGAGACAUUUUAAGGAUAUGCAAAUUUAUGAAAUAUUACAGUGCUAGUAGUAAUUUUGUUAUGAUAUGUGAGAUGCUUAUAUGCAGCAGAUUGACCUGUACCGAAGAUAGGACUAUUGUGCGAAGUGUUAUAGCAAAUAUUUAUAGCGGUAACGAUGAUUUUGUAAAUCAGUUAUCUGAAGUGACGACAAGAGAUAACUUAAUUAAUUCAUUAAAUUGUAGUAACAGGAAUAGUAACGGCAAUGGUAAUACUAAUAAUGGCAGUAAUGAUAGAAGUUACAAUAGCUGUAAUGCAGCCACCUAUGCUAGUGAUAAUUAUAAUUUUUUAUGCUCUGCUUUUAGCGAAAUUUCUGAUCAUGUUAUGUCCUGUUUUUCCCCCGAUAAAAGGAACUCACUUAUUACAAAAGGCAGCCAUAAGAAUACAAAUGCUUCAUUAUGUAGUAAUUUUACGCUGUCUUUACACAUAUUAGCAAAGGAUGAAAAAAUUCUUCAUGAAUGUCUUUAUGCAAUAGAACUUAAUAUUCCUAUUUUAUUGAAUGGGCAAAAUAACUGUGGAAAAUCCUCUUUUGUUUAUAAAUUAUCAUCAAUUUUUCAGAAAAAAUUAUUUGAGUUUUCGCUAACAAAUGAUGUUGACACAUUUGACUUAUUUGGUUGUUAUGAACACAAUAGUAGAAACAAUGCAAUAAAAAAUUUUGAAAAAAAAAUAUAUAAACUGAACAAGCUCUUUUUAAAAAUUGUUUUCAAAAAAGAAAAUUUAGGAAAAUUUUAUACGAGCCUUUUCUCUAAAAAGGAAAAUGCAAAAAAUGGCGAAAAUGGAGAAAAUUCUGGCACAUCUAUUGUAGACACACACGAAAGUGAUGAACAAAAUAAAAAUAAAAAAAAAAGGAAGCAAAUUAAAAUAAACAUAAUGGAAAAAAUUAAUCAUCUGUCAUUUCGUUAUAUUAAUGCUCUGAAAAAUAAGAAAUAUAAUUUGAAAAUAGCCGAGAACGAAUAUGUAGGUUUUAUAAAUAAUAUAAAAAAAAUAUGCAAAAAGGAAUGUAACAAAAUGGCUCAUAUCCUUUCUAACAUAACAUAUUUGUGUAAAAUUAUAAAUGAAAAUCAUAUUAACGAAAAUGUGUAUAUAUAUAAUGAAGGAAACUUUAUUAAGGCAAUUAAAUAUGGACACUGGGUGUUGCUAAAACAUCUACAUCAUUCUGUUCCGUCCUUGUUAGAUAGACUAAAUAGUCUUUUUGAAGAAAAUGGCUAUAUACUACUUCACGAGUUUGGUAAAAAGAAAAAAAUUAAACCACACAAAAAUUUUCAAAUUUUUUUAACCUUAAAUUCAGAAGAGCAUUAUAAAAUUAGUAAGGCAUUACGAAAUCGUUGUUAUGAAAUAUAUUUCGGACAUAUGAAUGAAUAUGUGAACAAUGCAAUAAAUUUUUAUCAUCAUCCAUUAGGUACAAGCAUCGUUAAUAGUAUAAGCAAAUUUGAAUCCAAAUGUAACUCUAACAAUAAACCUUGUAAAGUACAUAUGUCCGUAUGUGAAGAAGAGCGCUUCAGAUAUGAAAAUACAUUUAUAAACAGUUCAAAAGACUCCUAUCUUAUGAGUAGUAUUAAUGACAGUGUUCAAUAUAGUAAGAACAAUAACGUCUUAAUUAAUACAUAUGAUGAUCCCAAGAGGAGCAAAAAUUUUCAUAUUCAUAUGAUAAAUUUAUGUUACAGUUUUCAAUAUAAGAGCAGUAGUGAUGAUUUAGCAAAAGAGAUUCAUAUUGCUGGUCAAAAUAAAACACAAAUUGAAAAGGAUUAUGUAAAUUUGAUUAAAAAAAAUAACAUAUUUUUCUAUUUAAUAAAAUCCAUUUUAAAAAAUGUAAGGAAGGGAAAAAAGUACGCUAGCAUAUGUGAUAGAAGCAGAUGUAGUAGUAGCUAUUUAACGGUUCCUCUGGUUGAUCUUUUUAUUAAAAAGGACGGCAUAAAAAUGAACUGCACAAAAAUACUUGACUAUGUAAAUUAUUGCUACAAUUCUUUUUAUGUUACUCAUGGUGUAAGGCUUAAUGUUGAUUUAGUAUACUUUUGUUUAAUUAUUUCCCUCGUUACGUACAUCAUAGAAUAUAUAUUUGAUGAAGACACAAUAAACGAAACCAAGAAAAUUUUGAAGAACUCAAAAUUGAAUCAUACGUUUAAAAAGAGCCUACAAAUAUUACUAAACUAUAAGUUUGAAAACAAUUUUUAUUAUAUAGAUAAAUACAUUGAAUUCAUAUGUAGUAAUUUCUUAUUAGCAAGAAAUAGGAACAGUAUUCGCAGCACUCGCAGCAGAAGCCGAAGGAGUUUUAAAAAUUUGGGUCAAUGGAAGCCUAUUUUUAUGAACUCCUUUGUAAAUUUUUACUGCCUCAUAUUUUCAAAAUUAAAUGGAGAAAUACAGCUAUUAUGCUACCCAUUUUUUGACCACCUUAACAACUGUGUAAUUAACGUAGUAUAUAGACUAAAAAUUAAAAUAAGGAAAUUUAUAAAAAAUAGGGAGCAAUUAAAUUCACUAAUAAGCAAUAUAAACAGUAGUAAUUUUGUUCACAAGAUACAGUACAAAUAUUUUAUUUAUUUUUAUUUUCAUAUAUUCAUAAAUUAUAUAUACAAUUUUAACAAGCUGUAUGAUAAAGGAACAGUACUAUUUAAUGAGAGCUGUGGAAAUAAUAAUACAUAUGCUUACAUAUUAAAAGAAAUAACAUUAGUUAGUUCUUUCUACAAAUUGAAACUAAACAAAGUAUUUUGUUACUUAGUGUAUUGCUUCAUACAGAAUUUUUCUCUUUAUGAUAUAUUUUACAGAUAUGAAUACCUGUUAAACCUUAAAAAUAAAAUAAUUAUUAAAUGGGAUAGUUUAAGUAGGGAUUACUACGAUAUAGAAACAGCAAUGUAUCUUGAUUUUGUUACUAGAAAAAUUAUUUGCAAAAAAUUUGUCUAUUUUAAUAUAAUAAUAAAUUACAUAUACAAUGCUAUAUAUAACGAAAAAUCUGCAAAGUGCGAUCAGAUAAACAAAAAUUGUGUAAACGUUAAACGAAGUAGUAAUGAUACCUUUUGGGAACAAAAGUCAAGACAUGAUAUAAAGAAAGAGAACAACAGCAGCAGCAAUAAUAAUAAUAAUAAUAAUUAUAAUAAUGAUAAUAAUAAUAAUGAUAAUAAUAAUAAUAAUAAUAAUAGUAAUAAUAAUAAUAAAAGGAUUUCCUUUAAGCCUUUACUUGCUGCCAAAAAAUACCUUAUAAACAAUUUUCACGUAGGACUUUCAAAAGUUUUACCAUUUUUUGAAGCCUUCUUAAAUUAUAACGUUAGUUACAGUUAUUUCUCAAGAUAUAUGCAUAAUAGGAAGAGGACAAAAUGCUUCAUUUUUCAUCAUAUGAAUAAAUUUUUAAUUUUUGUAGAAAAAAUUGUCUUCAAAAUGUUAGAACAGAAUAGUAUACUAGUUGGUGAGGACUUGUUUAAUUAUUAUGUGUUUAUUUAUAAUUUUACAUUUCACGAAGUAUGCAAUUUGAAAUAUAAAAAUAUAUGCAGCAAAAUUAUUUUCCUAAGAGACACAGUAAAAUUAGCAUCUAAGGGGAACCAUUUUAAGAAGAUCAAUUCUAAGUUAAUGAAACUUUUGCAUGUAAUAAAAUUAUAUGUUCAGGAUAAUUUACCUUCGUUUGGAUGCAUGUACAGAGGGAAAAAUUUUGAUGAAGGUUCUGUUGUUUACGAUGAUAAAAUUGGCAGUAAUAAUAAUAGUAAUAACAGUAGUGAUAGUAGUAAUAACAGUAAUAAUAUUAUUAAUAACAGUAAUAAUAUUAUUAAUAACAGUAAUAAUAUUAUUAAUAACAGUAAUGGUAAUAGGAAUACUGAUUCAUGUAAUAGUUUUGCUCAUACAAGGAAUGACAUAAAUUACAGCAAAAUUACGAAAAACAUACCCAUAUAUUUUGAUCAAGAGAACAAAGUAAAGCAUGUAAACAUCCAUUUUGAGAAUAAAUGGAUUAAAAAUAUCUUUGAAAUUGUUAAUAAUAUUUAUGUGAGUUAUUUUAUAUAUAUAAGAAACAGAAACAACUAUUUUCAUAUUUUUAUGAAUUUUCCUGUGCAUCAUGAGUUAGUACCAAAUAAAGCGAGCAUAAAUAGUGAUUCCAUUUUGUGCAAGAUGGAGGAACAAAAAUUUAAUAAAACGUUGGAAGCACUUCUCAUACAAACCAAGUCCUUUUCUCAUGCCCUUAAAAAUUUACAAAAUGAUGAAAAGGCAUAUUACUCAAAAAUUAAAAGUAUAGAAAAAUUAAUUAUAAAAAAUGUAAUAUACCAAAGUGGAAAAUUGAAGAUGAAUGCACACAAUAUAUUUGAGCAAAAUUUUUCCAGUAGAAAUCACAUAAAUAAUAGCAGUAAUUGUAAUUAUACAACUUCAAAUUAUUCAACAAACGAAUAUAUUAUGUGUGAAAGUAACAACCUCUUUUUUUACUACCAAUUUAUCAUUUUUAAUAUAAACUUGAAAUAUUUAUAUAAUUCCUUUAUAUACUUGUUAAAUUUGUAUAUGUGCAUGAAGUACUCAAAUGCGUUGGAAAAUGGACAACAAUGUGAGUCCAAAAAGCAUUGGGAUCCUUGUUUAUUUGUGGAUAACUGUAGUUUCUAUUUUACAAAAGAAAAAAAAAACUUGUACAUAAAUAAUGCAAAAAAAGACCUAAAUGAAAAUAUAAAAGAUGCUAUAAAACAAAUAUAUAUAUAUUUAGAAAAUAUGGAAAAUACUAUAUUUAUAUAUGAAGAAAAAAUUGAAGUAUUGAGUUUAUUAAAAGAAACAUAUGGAAUGUUAGAAUAUGCAGAAAAAAAGAUAGAUGAUAAAAAAUAUUUAAAUGCGUUUGGAUUGAACUUAAUUUUUGUUACAAUUGAAGAAGUAUUAUACCUUAUUUACGCAUUACUAAUGAAUGUUUACAUGAUACUUGAUAGGAAUUAUAGUUAUACUAAGGAAAACGUGAACAGAAUGAGGACUUUAAAAAAGAAGAAGAAUACUCUUUUAUGGGCUUUUAACAACGCGCCAACGGUAAACAAGUACACGUCUUUGAAGAAAAGAACAUUGAAUAGGCUCGCAACCCCAACAGAUAAUAUGGAGCCCUCAUUCUGUAAUAAUAGUAGUAAGAAUAGAAAUAAUAAUAGUAAUACUAAUAGUAAUAAUAAUAAUAAUAAUGAUAAUAAUAAUAAUGACAAUAACAAUAAUAAUAAUAAUAAUAAUAAUAUUUCAUAUGCGGAUUACCAAAAUGAUAAUAAUAAUAAUAAUAAUUCAUUGGAGGAUUAUUCAAAUAAAGUUAAUCAUAGAGAGUAUGAAGAGGAAAGGGCGCUAGAAAAGAUUAAAGAUAACUUCAUUACAUAUGAAGAGUAUACAAUAUUUAAGAACAUUUACAUGAGGGAAAAUAUACAAAAUCAUACGAUAUGUAAAUAUUACUCUUAUAUAAGUUCAUCCAUUUUUAAUAAAACAGCCAUAUUUGAUUCAGUUAUAAAUAUAUACGAAGAAAUGAAAAAAAAGAAAGUAACCUUAUUCUAUUUAAACAUGUGCAAUUUUUUAUUUCAAAAUUUAAAAAAGAACUACUUUGAUUAUGUAACAAAAAUUCCAUUUAUCCACAAACGUAAGCAGCUUGAAGUUAAUAAUUCAGUAUUUUUAAUAGACACAAACUACAUAAAUAUUAGGAGCAAAAAUUCGUUGUGCUAUUAUUUUGCUUUCCAUAUCUUUACCAUAUUUUCUAACAUAAUAAAAAACAACAAUUCGGGAAAUACUCUUAUAUGUGAUGAGAAGAAGAACAUCCUGUUUACCAUUUAUGAGAUACACAACAUUAUUAUUUUUGAGCGAAGGAAAAAAACUUCACUCGAGACCCUACUACGUAUGUUAGAAUUAUAUAAAUAUUUUUUUGAUCUGAAAAAUGAAGGCACUUAUGUGCGGAAAAUGGAAAAGUACAUUUCCGUUUUUCUAUUGCUUCUUUUUAAAAUAGUUCUAAGGAACUUAGAAAAUGAUGAUAACGAAUAUGUCUCACAGAUACAGAUAAAAAGAAAUAUAAUUUUGAAGACAAGUGACGUUGGAGAUGACCAUCAUAAUAAUUGCGACAGUGCAAAUAAUAACUUUAAAAAUGGUCUUAUUAGAAGUGAUAAAGGUCUGAUCCAAACAGUGCACCACUGCAAAAAUGGAACAAGUACAUACACAAACGAACAUGCAAAUACACACGCGAACAUGCACACUAGCACAUGUGGAUAUAUCCAAACGGAUGUGAACAGGGUAUGUGCCAACCUUCUAGCGAAGAAUAAAAACAAAUUAGACAAAGAAGAAUUAAGUCAUAUGUUUAGCCGAUUAUAUAAUCACAUAAGUAAAAAUAUUAAUAAUAUAGGUACUUCUAAGUGGAAUGAAAUUUUAGAAAUGUUAUUUCCUGAAAAUAAGAUUGUUAUUGAUUUGACGCAGAAAUAUGAUGACGAAGAUUUUAUAUACAUAAUAGGUUCCUUUUAUAUGUCUCAUUAUUUUUUAAAUAUAAUUUGUUCAGAAAUUAGGAAAGAAGUUAAGGAAAUAUGUAAAAAAAUGGAGAUGAAAAAUUAUCUUAAAAAUGUUGAUAUAUCGGUUAAAGAAGAAAUAUAUAUGGGCUCUCAACAUAACAUGUAUAUUGAAAAAAUUAAUCUGUUUGAGGAAAUUUCCUAUUCCGAUUUCGUAAAACUUCGAAAGAAAGAAUAUGUGAAUGAACAAGUGAAAAAAAUGAAUAUAAAUAUGCCAUUACUACCAAAAAUAUUAAAAAAUAUGAAUAAAAAAAGGAGACACAAAAUUUCAAACAUUUUAGCAGCCAAAUGUAGAACAAAAAAUAAAAAAUGUAAUUACCUUAUCACACAGUAUAUUAAUAAAAACAAUUUACAAAGUUUUCAAACAUUGUACCCAAAAUUAAAAAACGAUUUUAAAAAUUUUUUGAAAAAUAUAUUAUCCUUCCGAAACAUUGAACAUAUAUUAUCCGCAUUAAUUAAGUCAAAUAAUUUUAUCAGUUUUUCACUUAUAAACUCAUGUUUUGAUUUUAUAAACCAUAUAAAAGAAAAAUAUAACUUAAUUCUAAAAUUUUCUCAUGCCCUUACUCAUUCGCUAUGUGCAUUUGUACAUUCUGUCCAUAACAUAAACUUCCGUAUUUUACGGAAAAGAGAAAAAAGGCACAACCUUUAUGAACAAAGUAACCAUAAUGUUGAUGAUGACGGUGAUGACGAUGAUGUAACAUUUGCCAUUAACAAAUUAGAUGAGGAAAAACAGCCAAAAAGGAGGUUUAAAAAGGAUAUAUACAAUUAUAUAAAUUUCCCCAUUAAUUUUAAUAAAAUUAUUAAUUUAAAAAAAGAGGAAUAUAAAAAUAAAUUAAACGACAUGGAAUAUUUUGAUUUCAUGAUAAGGAUGUUACAGAGCAGUAAGAACAUUUUCAAAGAUUUCGAUUUUUCAAUUCUUUUAAAUUGUUUAAAAAUAUUAUGUAAACAAAUUGUAAUAUAUAAUGAACAAGAUCAUAGUUCGAAUAUGAAUGAAUUUUAUAAAAUUGAGCAGUUUAAAAAUACAGCAGUAAAAGAAAAAUGUGCCUACAUUAUGCAAGAGGACGAUUACAUAGAGAAAAAUAUUGAAAAAGAAUUAGAUGACAUUUUUUAUUCUCAGCAGUAUUUUUCUAGUGAAACAUAUACUAACAAUGGUAAUGUGACAAGUUAUUAUCCUUGUGAGGGUAUACAACAAUAUGUAGACAACGAAAACAGAGAUUCGACGCCAUUUUCGAGCGCAAUGCUUAAUAAUGAUAGUAACAAAGACAGAAAAGACGAAAACUUACAAAAAAAUAGUAGUUCUUUUUCAAAAACGCAGUAUAAUAAAAGUAUGAAGGGUGAAAAUAAAAACUCGACAGUGUCAAGAGAAGAAGAGGAAGAAGACAAAGGAUGCAUAAACGAAAGUUUGUUUAAUAAUAUUAUAUAUAAAGUUUUAAAACUGAUUAAGAGAAGGGAUGCAUUUUGUCGUAAGAAUAAGCAGAAAAGUCAUGUAGAAAGUGUAAAAAAGAAUAUUAAUCACUUGAUAGAUAUGUUGAUAAAGUUGAAUAGUAGUGCUAAUAUUAGUAGUACUGUAGACGGUAGAAGUAUCUAUCCUAAUAAUGAUAGUAGCGGCAAUUGUGGAUCUUCUUCAAACCUGUAUGAGGAAAACAGAGCUACAUUUUUGUUGAACCAAAAAAACGAAGAAAAUAAAUUGUUAAUUUUCACCCUAAGUAUGAUUAACAAAUUUAGCGACAUGACAAAAUAUAAAGAUGACAAAUUUGUAAAAUUUAAAAUGAAAAUAUCCGAAUUUUUAUUGAAUAAUAAAAAAAAAAACCAUGUAUAUGUAAACAAAUAUAUACAUUUGUUGGACUAUAAUUUUAUGGAAUACAUAUUUAGUGCUUUAAAUGACUUAUGUUUUUUCCUCGUUAAUUUAAAAAAGGAGUUUAUUAUAAUAUAUAAUGAAAGCAAUAAUUUAAAUGUGUUAAAUAUUUUAAAUGCGAUCGAUAAUAUUUUAGCUAUUCCAAUAAGUGAUAUAAAAAACGAAAUAGAGAAAAUAAUUUUAAAAUUGGAACAUGUGCUUAACUUGGUAAAUUUACUAAAAAAUGAUAACUACAUAAAUUUUGAAGAAAGAAUAAUGACUCGUUUGAAUAAUUUAAUAAAGCAUAAUAAUAUAUUAGAAGAGCUACUAAUAUAUACAAUAUAUUUUAGAUUGCACAAAUUAAAAGAGAUCAAAAAUAUUCGAAAAAAUUUAAAUCUUAAAAUUGUGAAAAAAAAGACCUUAAAUUUGUUUUCCUAUCUGUUUUACUUAUGUUAUGAUGAUACAAAUGAUGCAAAUAAAAGAGAAGAAGAAGAAGAAGAAAAAGAAAAAGAAAAAGAAAAAAACGAAAAAGAAAAAGAAAAAAAUGAAAAAGAAAAAGAAAAAGAAAAAGUAAAAGAGAAUGUUAAUGGACCAAACAACAGCUGUGAUUGUAAUACGAAUGUUAAUUAUGACACCAUAACAAAAAUAAAAAUAAUUAAAACAUUUGAAUCGCUAAUAAUAUUUUUGCGAGAUUCUAUGAUUGGGGUGUAUCCUAUAUGUUUAAAUAUAAUAUUUUUCAUUGCUCUAUUAUUUAAACAUUCAAAAAAUUUAAAAGAGAAAAUGAUGAGUAAUGUCUUUUUAAAUGUAUAUAAUUACAUGCAUAUAUAUUUACCGUUAAUAAAAAAAAAAAUACAAAUUUCAAAGAAUUAUUUCGAUUUACAAUUAAAAAAGUCGUUACAGAAUGUUAACAUCGAUCUUGUAGAUGUAGAGGCAUACAAAUCAUCUAUUACCAAAUUAAAAAAAAAAAUAGUGUACUUUACAAAAUUGUAUUUUCAACAAAUUAGUAUAACCGUGGAUAAAUUUAUUAUAGAAAAUAAACAUUCUUUAUUUACCUCUGAAGUGAAAAAAUAUAGAAAUAGGUACACCAUAACGCAUACUAAUACUAUAGACAUGAGAAGCAAUAACGAGGACGAUUUAAGUGAUACAUCUACAAAAAAUGCAUUCUCAGGUGAGGAUCAAUCAAGUGAUUUAUCGGCUGCAAGCAGAAAGGCAAGUUCAUCCUAUUUUUCAGAAUCAGAGCAAGACAACGAAGAAACAAAAAAUGAGCUCGAUAUUAACCCGUUAUCUAGUUUUCCCCUUGUCAAUGUUGGUGAUGACAAGAAAGUGAAAGGAGAAAAUGAAAAGGGGAGCAAUAUAUCCACAGUUGACGAAGAAGCACAUUACAUCUAUAUAGAGAUAAAUGAAUUAAAAUCAUCUUUUUUAAAUUUAAGAAAUAAACUGAAAAAAAAAAUUAACCUAACAGAUUUUCUAACAAAUCUGGAUGGCUAUUACAGCUUUGAAGAUUUAUCAAAUAAUUAUGUGAGUGAAAUAAAAAAUAUUUUAAAAGUUCAGUGUGUCAACGCUACCAUUAAUCAAAAGAAGAGAUGGACCUACAUACUUAAGCAUUUUAUAAUGAAAAAAUUAAAUGUACCUGUGAUGUAUAAUUUUAAUAGCUUCGAUUUUUUUUCCAACAUAUUCAGAGAGCACAUAACUUUUUAUGAUAAUGAGAUGGAUAAGAUUUUUUAUAUAUUACAAUAUUCAUCGUGUGAAGAAAUUAUGGACGAAUUAAAAAAUUGUUUACUCUACAUGAUAGAACACAAUGUGCACAUAGAGGAUGAAACAAAGGAGAUUCAACAAAAUAGAGUGAAGGAAGAUAUCAUAAAGGUGGAAUACGAUUUAAAAAGAAAUAUAAAAAGUAAAAAAAUUUGCAAUUUUCUUUUUUUUGAUAAAAUAAAUGAUAUAUUAAAAAGUAAUGAGGAUAAGAAUUAUAAAAUACUUUAUUUAACUAUAUAUAUAAAAUCUAUUAAUAUACAUGAAGAUAUCAUAAAUGAUGAAAUGCUAUAUUAUAUUUUUAAUUCUAUUAAUUAUGAAUAUUUUAGUUUGAGAAAAGAAAUUAGUACAUUCUAUAACCAUUUUAUGUUCUAUUAUUUAAUGAUAACAACCUUGUUAUAUGAAAAGAAAUAUAAAUUAAAUUAUAUAUCUGUAAGUAUACACAUUUUUGAAAAAUUAUUAUUAAAAUGUAAUAUUGUGAAGAGUAGCUUACUACAGAUCUUGAGUAUUUUCUAUGAACAGUUGUCAGAAAGCUCCCUUUUUAAAAGUAUAUUGUUUUGUGUUUAUAAAAUUAUAUACAUUAUAUACAGCUCAAACGAAUUUAGACUGUUCAGAUAUUUUAAAAAUAUGAAUCAUAUUAAAUGUAUAGAAGAUUUUUCAAAAACUCUUUCAAAUUUUAAUCUUAAAAUGAAUGUAAAAUUUUUGAAAUAUAUUAAUAAAAUUAUGAAGCAACUAGAAAAUAGUUCGAACGAAAUAUUUUCAUUAAAUAUAGCUCCUUAUUUUAAAAAUCAAAUAUACAUGAACAUAAGUAAAUUUGUCAAAUUGUUUAACCAAAUAAGCAGCACAAGUAGUUUUGCUCCGUUACGUAAUGAAAUGGGCACUGAGUGUAGCGAUAUAGGCGAAAUGUGCUCUAAGUCAAAAGCUGUAGUAGUAGAACAAAACAACCACUUUUGUGAAUAUAGAUGUAUAGAACGCUUAAAUGAUCAAAUUUGCAAUUUAAUAAAUGACAUUGUUAAUAAAAAAUCCAUAAUUUAUAAGAGAGAAUACCCGAAUUUUCAGGAAGCCAAAAAUAUUAAUGAAAUAUAUGGAAUGAAAAAUAUUAUCAAAUUGUACUUGAGCGUUUAUAAUUUAUUCCCCUUUAGAGAAGAUGAAAAACGUCAGAAGAAUGUUCAAAUAUUUUACUACUUAAGUAAAAAUUUAUUUUAUAUUGUAAAGUGCAUAUUUCUAUAUUUCGUAGAUAUAUUUAUCGGUUUUUCAAAUAUAUCCUUAUAUUUUUUAAAAGUUUUAAAAGUGUUAUAUACGAAGGGAUUGUGUAGAGAAAAGAAAGAUGCUAAUGAAGAGGAGAUGAUAAAAAAUAAAAAAGAAAAAGAUAUUUUUCACAAAGUGGAUUUUUUAAAAGGUAUAGGAUUAGGGGAAGGAAAAGGAAUUAAAAAUAUAUCACAUGAAGUUGAUAAUGAAGAUAUAGAUAAUAUUUAUAAUGAGGACGAAAAUAAUUUUAGUCAGGAUGAGAAUGAUUUUAAUGAAGAAGCUAUUGAGUCGACUUACAAUUUUAAAAAAUUUCGUGAAAAGGAACUAAAUGAUACCACGAAUGAGUUUGACAAUAGGAAUAAAAAUAAAUUAGAGAAUGAGCAAAAUAAUUUCAAUAUGGAAAAUAACGAAAAAAAUGAAGGACAAAAAAAUGAAGAUAAUAAUAAAGACAAAGUUGACAUGAAGGGGGAAUAUGAGGAAGAGGGGAAUCGCAAUACUACAGAUGAUAACAGUAAUAAUAAUAAAGAUGAAAAUGAAAUCAACGUAGAAGAAAAUAUUGAUGAUGUUUUUGAAAAACAUAAUAGUAAAAAUUUUAAUAAAAGUGAAUGUACUAAUGAUUGGAUGGAUAAUUUAAAACACAAUGAUCUAAACAAUAAUGUCAACAAAGGGGAAGAUCAAAAAAGAGAAGGGUAUGAGGAGAAAGAGGGAAAGAAGGACUCAUAUAAUGACCUUAACAGUGGUGAAAAAGAAGAUACGUUUGAACAUGAACAUGAUCACGAACAGAUGAGUAGCGAAAACGAGUUGAAAGAAAAAGACAAAAUUGAAGAAAGCGAGAACAGUUUAGAAAAAGACAAAAUUAAUAUGAAUAAAAAUGAUGAAUUGGAUAUGGAUAAUUUGGAAAAAAUGAAGCAAAAUGAUAACUGUGAUUUGAUGAAUUUUGAACAAAAUGCUAGCGAACAACCUAGCCAUUUCGAUAACAGUUUGACCCAAAAGAAUGAUAAUAGUUAUAAUGAAGAAAAUGAAAGCGGCAUUAAUAAUAACAAUAGUGAUAAUAAUAACGACGAUUUCAGUUUCAACUUUGAUUCCAGUUUUGAAAUAGAAUCAAGUGAUUUCUCAAAAAGCUACAGUGAAAAGUCGUUCAUAAGUAAUGAAAGCGAUUUGGAUGAUUAUGUAGAUGAAGAUAAAACAGAAGAGCUCAAGAAUGCUUCCAAAGAAGAAGAUAUCCAUAAAAGUAAGAUGAACGAAGGAAAUGAUAGUGAAAAUAAUAUCCCAAAUGAUCUAGGUAAUAAGGAACAAACUGUUAUAGAAGAUGAUUGCAUUAAGAAUUCGGAUGAUAUAUAUGAACAUGAUCAGUCGGAAGAGAACGACUAUGAUUUUGAAAGAAAAAAAAAUGAUGAAAAUAAAGGAGGUUUCAAAAAUAGGCAAGCAGAGGAACAGGGGAACCUGGGAGCAGAGCAACAGGAACCGCAAGGAGAAGACGUGAUUAACGGACAGAAUGAAAAGGGAAAAGAAAAUGAAAGAAGUAGUAGUAAUAAUAAUGUGCAAGAUGACGAAGAAAAAGAUGAAAUAAAUAAUACAGAUCAAGGAGAAAGUGAGAAGGAGCAUGAGAAUGAAAUGCAAAAUAAUGAAGAAUGUAACAAGGGAUAUGAUAAAAUGCACACUGGGAAAAUGGACGAAAUGAAAAAAGAUGAGCAUAUCAUUAUAGAAGAAGCUGGUAAUACGUCAUAUGAAAAGGAAGAACCGAGUGAAAAUGAUGGAAAUGAUGCUGAAGUGGAAAGCGAAAAUAAGGACAAGGAUGAUGAUAGCAAAAUGGGAAGCCAUAGUGAAGCCCAUAUUGAGGAAAACAGUAAAAUGGAAGAUGAAAAUGAACAUAAAAAUAAAAUGCAAAAUGAUAAUGAAAAAACGAAUAACUUUACCGAAAAGAGAAGUUUGUACGAAAGUAAGCGGGAACAAUCCGACGAGCACAGUAGUAUAGAAGUGAGAGAUAGAUUAACAAAAAAUUGUGAACAGAAUAACUCCACAAUUGAACAGGAGGAAAUUGAAAAAAAUGAAAACAAAAUGAAUAACACGUUGAACAAUUUUGAUGAAACUAUGCAACAUAGUAGUAAUAAUAAUUCAUUUGAAAAUUGUGAUAAUAUGAAUUAUAUGGAUAAGCAAAAUUACGCAGAAAGGGGAAAUAGUAAUGGAGAAAAUUCUUCCAAUUCACAUGAAUUUUCAUUUUCAGUUGACAAGUACAAUAUAUAUAUGGAAAAUUCUAUUGACAUUACAAAUUUUAUAGAAAAGAUUAAUAAGCAGUUAUGUAAUUUGGAACAGAAAAAAGAUAUGUCUAGUAAUGAUAAAGAAGCUUCUAAAGAAGAUGAAAAACUAAAAGAAGAAAAAAAAAGGCAGAGUUGUGAAGAUUUCAAUAUAUAUAAGGAAGAGGAAAACAUAGUUAAAAAUGAAAUAACAUCAUAUGAUGAUGUUAAUAAAAACAAUGUUAACUACAAAGAAAAUUACCCCUUAGAUGAAAUGCACGAACAAAAUUUGAUUAAUACGGAAGAAGAAAAUAGAGAAGUGGAUACUAAAGAAGAGCAUAAGAAAAAACAGAAAAAUGAACAAGAAUUGAACAAAUUAAAUAGAAACUUAAAUGAAUUAAAUGCAAAUACAGUAAUAUAUGACAAAAAAGAAGUGGAGGAUGUAAAAGAAGACAUGGACCAAAAUAGUGACUACGACGAUGAAGCAAGUAGCAUUAUAUCAUCAGGAAGUGUUUCUCAAGAUAAAGUUCAAGGAGAAAGAUAUUUCACUAAUAAGGAAGAAGAUGCCGUUGCUUCAUCUGCUUCAGCUGCUACGGAUAUCAAUGCAAAUGAUGAUGAUAACACGAGUGAACUAUUUCCAGGAGACUGUAACGUUGAAAAGGAAGACGGUAGUAACCCCAUAUUAGAGCAAUAUUACGAUAAUGAAGAAAAAGAGAAGGAACAGGGAGAGAAUGAAAAUAUUGUCAAUAUUAAUUAUUUUAAGGUGUAUAAAAACACAAAAGUUUUUGAUAGAGAAUACACGUUAAAAAAUAGUUAUGAACAAGUGGAGAAAAAGAAAAAGACAAAAGAGAAUAUACUUGAAAAUACCAAUUUUAACGCAAAAUAUGAACAAAUUUAUGACCAAAUUAUUAACGAAACGGAAACUAUAUCGAGUCAAUUGUGUGAACAGUUAAAAAUUAUACUAGAACCAACGGUCAGAAAUAAAUAUGAAGGAGAUUAUAAAUCAGGGAAAAAAUUAAACAUAAAAAAAUUAGUAAAUUAUUUUGCAAGUGAUUUUCGAAAUAAUAAAAUAUGGAAAAGAAAAACAAAACUAAAUAAAAGAGACUAUAAUAUAUUAAUUGCAAUAGAUAAUACUAAAAGUAUGAAAAUAAAUAAUAUUCAGAAAAUGACUUUAAAUACUAUAUUUUUAGUUGCUAAGGCUUUUGAAAAAUUAAACGUAGGAAAAAUAGGCAUUUGUUCAUUUGGAGAAAAUGAAACAAUUGAUUCAACUAAUAUUGUAUGUUCAAUGACCAACAGUUUAAACAAACAAGAUUUUUUAAAAAUAUUACAUCAUUUUCAAUUUAAUCAUGAUACUCAAAAUUCUUUUGAUACUGCAAUGCUAAAUGCAUUAAAAAUAUGUAAUUAUAUUUUUAAAAAUACGCAUACGUAUAAUAAUUCUAAAAGUACAAUUAGUCAUUUAAUGCUUAUAAUAAGUGACGGGAGAUUUAAUAAGAACUCAGUUAAAGCUGAAAUUUUCAAAUGUAUCCAAAAUAAUUUUAUUCCUGUUCUGAUGAUUAUUGAUACACAACUAUCGAAUAAUAAAGCACAGUCUAUAUUUAAUUUAAAACAAACAUUUUAUAAAAAUAACAAAUUGGAAAUUAUUCCAUACCUCCACGAUUUUCCAUUUCCAUAUUUUGUAGUGGUGAAUGAUAUUAAUAAUAUACCCGCACUCACUUGUGACAUAAUAAGGCAAUGGUUUCAAUUACUCAAUAACAAAUAA